GUCGCGCCGUGGCCCGCGGAACCGGCAGAGCGGCCGGGGCGCGGCGCGAGGACGCGCACAGGCCUGGCGGCGGCGGGACCAGGAGCUGCUGUCAGAGAACUAGGAGGCGGAGCUGGAGCUGACCAACCCGAGGAGCUGGCUGACCCAGGCCCCAGCAUAACAGGGGUACUAACUAGCGCUGGCUAGUUAGUGUUGGGAAAGCGGCAGCUACAGCUUCUGUUCGCCACUGCCUCGCACCUUCUGCUGGGGUCAGCAUGGAGCCCGGUGGUGCCUCCGUCCCUGCUGCCUUGCCGUACUACGUGGCCUUCUCCCAGCUGCUGGGCCUCACCGUGGUGGCUGUGACUGGCGCAUGGCUGGGCCUGUACCGAGGUGGCAUUGCCUGGGACAGCUCGCUGCAGUUUAAUGUGCACCCACUCUGCAUGGUCAUAGGCAUGAUCUUCUUGCAAGGAGAUGCUCUCCUGGUGUACCGUGUCUUCAGAAAAGAAGCCAAACGCACGACCAAGAUCCUGCACGGGCUGCUUCAUGUCGUUGCUCUCAUCAUCGCCCUGCUGGGCUUGGUGGCCGUGUUCGACUAUCACAGGAAGAAGAGCUAUCCAGACCUGUACAGCUUGCACAGCUGGUGUGGGAUCUUAGUCUUUGUUCUUUAUUGUGUGCAGUGGCUUGUGGGUUUCAGCUUCUUCCUGUUCCCCGGAGCUUCGUUCUCUCUGCGGAGCCGGUACCGCCCACAGCACAUAUUUUAUGGUGCCACCAUCUUCCUUCUUUCUGUGGGCACAGCCCUCCUGGGCCUGAAGGAGGCGCUGCUGUUCAAACUUGGGACCAAAUACAGCAAGUUCGAACCCGAGGGGGUCCUGGCCAACGUGCUGGGCCUGCUGCUGAUCUGUUUUGGGGUGGUCGUGCUCUACAUCUUGGCUCAAGCUGACUGGAAGCGGCCUUCCCAGGCUGAAGAGCAAGCCCUUUCCAUGGACUUCAAGACGCUGACAGAGGGAGACAGCCCCAGUCCGCAGUGAGGGCCGUGGGUGAUCCUCCCGGUUCUGUGGGUUCUCGGAUAUCUUUCUGCCCCUCCCUGCAGAGCCUGAAACUUUAGGUCCAGGAGUGCCUGCCUGGCAGUGGCGUUAGUUUAGUGGGAUUUCAGGUUUUGGCUUUGUCCUCUGCUUUUCCUUCCUGCUUGCAGCUUCUGACACAUCCUGUGAGCCACGUGUGGGCCCCCGCCUGUACCCCCUGCUGCCCAUUCACUCGCUGAAAGCUUGGUCAGGGGCACUGGGGUCAAGCCUAGUCCUGAUUCUUAGGAGAGCUAGCUCCACCUUCCCGGCAGCUGAUGGCUGGGGGGCCCCCGAGGGACUGGUGUGGAAAAGCCAAGCCUGCUGCUUGUGCAUCAACCCAGGAGUUCUAGCAGCUCGGGAAGCACGUGUCCUUGGCAGUAGAGCAAGUGAUAUGAUGUGUAAAGUAUGCUGGUGUUCAGACUGAGGUUCCCCCAAAGGGUUGAGUCUGGCCCCUGAAAGAGCCAUGUGGCUUGGCCAACGGUUCACACUGUCGCAGACCUUUCUGGUCUUUAACCCCUGAGCCUUAAAUAGGUUUUUCAGGGAAGCGACUAGGUGCUCAGAACGCAAGUAUGUACCUGCCCUGGUGGAUGAGGGCAGGCUGCUGGUGGCGAGGGGCCUCCUGGCCUCCUGCUGUCCACCUGGGCAGUUCCUCCCUCAACAGGGCCUGAGCCCUGGUUUCCUUCUGCAGGCCAGCCUGGACAGGCUCUGGGAGGACAGGUUGCACACCUUCUGCUGUUUGUCUUGCUCUCCAGGGGGGUUCUGGGUUGCCCCAACUUGACUGAAGCAGCCCUGGAGGAUUAUUGUCCUCCCACACCUGGGUCCGUCUUCCCUGGACAAUAGGACUGAAGUGGACAGAGGGAUGGGCUUGGUCUCCUGUGGUGUCUGCACACAGCUUCAACCCCUGCCGCCUGUUGUGUUGUUAGCUGAGUCACUGCUUGGCUUGAGUCUAGAAACAAUGUGAUUAGUCUCGUGCUUCUUGGGCUUGGCAACCGCUCUCUCCUCUCCUGGGCCUUGACAGACAUGGAUAACUUAACAAGGAGAUUAGCAGUUUCUGAACCUGAUAAUUCCUUUAGGUCAAGAUGCCGGCCUUCUGUCAGAUUUCUUGUGUAACUGUGCUGUGGGUCUCUUUCUCCAGCAGUGGUGGAGCCCCCUCUCCCUGGGGUGCCCCCCCCCCGGGCCGCCUAUCACCCUGGCCCCUCCGGCUCUCCAUUUGCAGGGGUGAUGGGUUUGCCUCCAGUUUCAAUUGCGUAUGCUGCAAGGAUAGGGAUCUUAUCGCUUCUUUCAUCAGCUGGCACACUGAUACAGUCAAAUGUUUACAUGUGGGAGACUUGUCUUUAGACAAACGCCGAGUACCAUUGUGAAUCUCCCGUGCCAGACUAUACAGAAAACCAGAACUCAUCGAGAGCCUGUAAACUAGUCUUUCUGCCAAAGUGUAUGAUACAUGACUUAGGACCAAAGAAGAUCCCCAAGCAGAUGUGUGUGGUUUCUUGUGUUUGCCUGUGGCUGUCUCCUGUGACAUACAGUGUGUUGUUGGUGCAGUGGAUGAAUCAAUACAUUCUACAGCUGAC